UGCGGGACUUCGCUUCGCGCGGGGCGCUGCCGAGGCUCCGGAGAGGCGCGCACGCUCGUUUAUUUUGAUUCGGUGCGCUUGUUUUUGUUUACACGCCGCCGGCGCUUCACUUUCGCCCGGAAGGGACGGGGAAGGCCGAGUCAAAAGCUUCGCGGACCCAGCCACCCAGCCAGCCAGCCAGCGCGCUGCCUCCGUCCUCCUUCGUUGGUCUGCUAUUUUAAUUUUUUCUGCGAGAAUUUUUUCCCCCACCCUCGUCUUUUUGGGGGGCAGCGCGAGCAGAUUAGAUAUUUCGGACCUGCCGGGGUUUCUAUCUACCCCGCUCCCUCCCUCCAUCCUUUUACCCAGGCCACAGUCGCCCUCCUCCUGCCCUUUUACGACGGGGGGAGGGAGGGAGGAGGAGGAGGAGAGCGAGCGAGCGAGCCAGGAGCAGCCGAGAUUGGAGCUUCCCGACCGUUUUGCCAAAGAUAUAAAUAUGGACCAAGCGGGCUCAGCUCGGGCCUGUUAACCAAGAGGCGAGGGAGCCGGCCUUCGGUGGAGGAGUCUGGAAACGCUCGGGGGUCUCCGGAGCAGGGCGCCCCGUUGGCAGAGGGGCUGCCUUUCCUGCCGGCUCCUUCUCUACGACCUGACUUUUUGGGCGGGGGCGGCGGGAGGCCUCCAAGCCCUCUCGGAGCUGGGACAGCCAUGCAGGCUCGUUACUCCGUCUCGGAUCCCAACGCUCUGGGAGUGGUACCCUAUUUGAGCGAGCAGAAUUACUACCGGACGGCGGGCACCUAUGGAGGCAUGGCCGGCUCGCUGGGGGUCUACGCCGGCCACCCGGAGCAGUACGCGGCCGGUUUGGGACGCUCGUACGGGCCCUACCCGGGCCACCAGCCGGUCCAGGCUCCGAAGGACCUGGUGAAGCCUCCUUACAGCUACAUCGCGCUGAUCACCAUGGCCAUCCAGAACGCGCCGGAGAAGAAGAUCACGCUCAACGGCAUCUACCAGUUCAUCAUGGAGCGCUUCCCCUUCUACCGGGAGAACAAGCAGGGCUGGCAAAACUCCAUCCGCCACAACCUCUCGCUCAACGAGUGCUUCGUCAAGGUGCCCCGCGACGACAAGAAACCGGGCAAAGGCAGCUACUGGACGCUGGACCCCGAUUCCUACAACAUGUUCGAGAACGGCUCCUUCUUGCGCCGCCGGAGGCGCUUCAAGAAGAAAGACGUCUCCAAGGACAAGGAGGAGGCCCCGCGGGAGAAGCACCACAAGGAGCCGAUCAAGGCUCCUUCCGAACUGGCUAAGGAGCUGCCCCCGGCUUCGGCGCCCGUCCCGGCUUCGUCGGACAAGAAAGUGGUCAUUAAAAGCGAGGCCUCUUCGCCCGAGCUGCCCGUCAUCACCAAAGUGGAGACGCUCAGCCCGGAGAGCGGCAGCGGCCUGCAGGAUAGUCCGCGCAGCGUGGCCUCCACGCCCUCGCUUUCCACCGAGGGCUCUUUGCCCGGCGAGCCCCACCAACCCCACCCUCACCCGCACCACCACCCGGCCGCCGGCGCCAACGGCUUGCCGGGCUUCAGCGUGGAGAACAUCAUGACCCUGCGGACUUCUCCGGGCGGCGAGCUGAGCCCCGUGGGCAGGACGCCGCCGGGCCUUUGCGCCUCCUCUUUGCCUCUGGGCUACGGCCAGGCGCCCGCCUCGUCCAUCUACAGCCAGGCCUGCAGCCAGGGGGGUUUGGGCGAGGCCGGGGGCAGCUACCAAUGCAGCAUGCGCGCCAUGAGCCUCUACACGGGCGAGCGCAACGCGCAUCUCUGCGGCGCCGGGCCGCUGGAAGAGGCCGCCGCUUCGCUGUCGGAGCCCCCGUCCCAAGUGGUCAACGGCGCCCCCUCGCCCCUGGCCGGCCUGAAUCUGGCGCAAGGGGGCCAGCAGCAACAGCAGCAGCAACAGGAGACCUCCCUGCCUCCCAGCAACCACCACCAUCAGCCCCCGCAUCACCACCAACACCAUCAUCCACUCCCGCAUCACCAAGCCCCGGGGCAAGCAGCCGCCGCGGCCGCCGCGGCCGCCGCCGCCUCCUGGUACCUCAACCACGCGUCGGAGAUCAACCAGCCUCUCCCCAGCCACACCUUCGGCGCCCAGCAACAGAGUUUCCCCAACGUGCGGGAAAUGUUCAACACCCACCGGCUGGGAUUAGAGACCUCGACGGCGCUGAACGAGCAACAGGUGAGCCCCUCCACCUGCGAGCUGUCCUACCGGGCUCCGCCCUCCAUUUACCGCCACUCCGCCCCUUAUUCCUACGACUGCGCUAAAUACUGACCGGCCUCCGGGUUAAAAGCAGACAGACAGACAAACAGAGAGACAGAGAGACCCGGGAAAGGGGGCCUCGCCCCCAACUCAGCAGGCGGACUAUAGAAGGAAAAUUAGGCCUCUGUUUUUUUAAAAAAUUAGUUGGGGAAAGCCAACCAAAUUGACUCUGGUUUUUUUCUCUCUCUCCCCAAAACAGAUUUACGGGCAAAAAGAAAGAAAGGACAAAAAAAAAAAAAAAACCGCCCCUCCCCCAUUUUCCCGUCCAAAGUCAAUAAAAAGGACCCUAAAAUUCGAUUCCCCCCCCCCCCACGACUCAUCUUUCCAGUCCAGUUAUUUCUGUUCGGGAGUGGGGGGAGUAAAACAGCCAACACUAGAAACGAAAAAAGAGCAACGUGAGGUGGGUGCGGGCUUUUUUGAACAGAAAUAUUAUUAUUAAUAAUAAUAGAUGAGUCAAAAACGGAUAUUAAAUAUGUUGGCGAUCGUGGGCAAUAUAAAAUCACUGAUUCCACAAGGACGGUUUAUACAUUUUUGAAAAGGGGAGAAUAAUAAUGGAUAUGCUAUAUAAAUAUAAAUGUAUAUGUCUUGGUAAAACUUGGUUGGUUUUGUUUUAAGGAGGGGAUUAUUCCAUUUAUCGUGUUGUAAAUAUGUGUGGAUUUUGAAUUAGGCUUCCGUGGAGGGCCGUUAAUAUAAUAUUUAAAGUUGAGGUCACUGGAUUAUUCCUCUCUCAGCCCCCCCUCUCCCCACAGCUGCCAAAUGAAUUAUACUUUUCCUCUUAUUUCUUUAGUUUUAUGUACAAACUUCCAUUAAAAAACCCCUCCUUUUUAAAGUUAGUCUUUUUAUAUAUAUAAAAAUAAUUUAUUUUUCCCUUCCUUGUUGAAUAUUUCCUGCCUCCCAAAAGUGGAAUAAGAAGAAGAAGAGGUGAGGGUGGGAAAACCAAAUGUUUUUUUUUUCUCUUUUAAAGUGGGGAAAGAGGUGAGAUUUAUUUUAUUUUUCUUGUAAAAUAGAGUCCCCUUUCCAAUUUAUUCCCCCCCCCCCCUUUGAGCCUUUCCAAAGUCAUCGCUUUGAUUUUAUGUGGUCUUUAAAUUGUUGUAUUCAAUCUCUUGGACAAAUAAGAAUAAUAAACCCGUUGCUGUUUAUUUCUCCUUUGAAACAAAA